AUGUUCAAAUUGUCUUCGUUAGAGGAGAAAUUGGGUGCCAUCAAGCACAGGUUGCAAGAGCAUAAUAAUGAACUGUAUGAUUGUAAUCAUGUACCUAAGCAGUGGGCAGGCGAUGAAAUUUCCUAUAUUACUCAGCAUCUUGAAAAGCUUGAAACGCUUAACAAGAAUCUCAUUUGUCUAGUUCACUCUUCCAUCACUAACACCUGGCGGCUUUUAAGUACCCGCUUCAAUAAGGAUACAGUUUCAGGAGAAGAAAGGAAGAGGAUAACCAGGAGAAGAAAGGAGCAAAGGAGAAAAGCUCGCCAAAGACAAACGAACAUGGGAAAGAAACAAGCUUACAAGCUUAUAUUGAAAAUACAUGGAAAAGAAUUUGCUGAUGCCUUUCUUAUAAAAGGAAACACUCAAAAAGUUAGCACACAAAAACUGGGGAGUAUACAGCUCCUACCCAGAUUCUACAUAAAAACCAUCGAAUACUUGAUUGCUCAAGGCAUAGUUGAUGACAUGGAAGAAGCAAAAAGACUUUUAGAUAUACUUCUGGCAAGAAGAGCAGCAGCCAAAAAGGCCACCACAGUAAAGUGUCAGGAGGAAAGGACCAGCCUGGAGUCUGAAAGUGAACUCUCAGAUGGCUCUGAAGUGGAUGACGAGAUUACAGAGCCUGGAGAUGAUGAGUCUGACAGCUUUGAAAUGGAUGAAGAUAGUGACUAUUAA